CGCAAUCGAUUGCUAUCCCUUCCAGGAUAGAAAACAAAGAACAACCUGCCUGUUAGCUAGCGUAAAGAUUCAAACCAUAUAAAUAAUGGGCAAGAAGCAUAAAAAGCACAAGUCUGAAAAAUAUGAAGGUAAGACACAUUUAAAUAGACAAUGCGCUGGUAUUGGUUGAAUUUCUUGGACCAUUAAAAUGCUCGCGCUUCAUAGCGGUCUACGCGCGAGCUUUGGUCAGCCAGGCUAGCUAACGUUAGUUAGCGCAUAAUCACCCAUUUGAAUUCACUGCAUGUUAGCUUAGCCAUAUGCUAUGUACCGAGCUCAUUAACGUUAGCUAAUUGACAGAUGUUAAAAUAUAGCUAUCUAAUUAGAUUGCUGUCCGCUUUAUCUUUUAUCCUAUAUGCAUUGAACCAAAGAUUGAACUUUGAAAUGGCUAGCUAUCUACUCAUUUACAUAUUUUAGCCAGGUAGCGAGGUAACGUUAGCUAACUCGCCAUGUUGGUGGUCUGUUGUUGUUUGCAACAUAACUAGUUAUUAAGUUAGCUAGCUAGUUGGCUACCUUACAGUUGAGCUAGCCGGCCAGCGAACUGUCAGCAGCAACUUGAGUUGGUUACAUUCAAAAAUUUGGGAAUAUACAGUCGUGGUCAAAAGUUUUGAGAAUGACAAGUGUUGGUCGUCACAAAGUUUGCUCCUUCAGUGUUUUUAGAUAUGUCAGGUGUUACUAUGGUAUACUGAAGUAUAAUUACAAGCAUUCCAUAAGUGUCAAAGGCUUUUAUUGACAAUUACAUUAAGUUUAUGCAAAGAGUCAAUAUUUGCAGUGUUGACCCUUCUUUUUCAAGACCACUGCAAUCCGCCCUGGCUUGCUGUCAAUUAACUUCUGGGCCACAUCCUGACUGGUGACCGCUCAUUCUUGCAUAAUCAAUGCGUAUAGUUUGUCAGAAUUUGUGGGGUUUUGUUUGUCCACCUGCCUCUUGAGGAUUGACCACAAGUUCUCAAUUGGAUUAAGGUCUGGGGAGUGUCCUGGCCAUGGACCCAAAAUGUCGAUGUUUUGUUCCCCGAACCACUUAGUUAUCACUUUUGCCUUAUGGCAAGGUGCUCCAUCAUGCUGGAAAAGGCAUUGUUCGUCACCAAACUGUUCUUGGAUGGUUGGGAGAAGUUACUCUCGGUGGAUGUGUUGGUACCAUUCUUUAUUCAUGGCUGUGUUCUUAGGCAAAAUUGUAAGUGAGCCCACUCCCUUGGCUGAGAAGCAACCCCACACAUGAAUGGUCUCAGGAUGCUUUACUGUUGGCAUGACACAGGACUGAUGGUAGCGCUCACCUUGUCUUCUCCGGACAAGCUUUUUUCCGGAUGCCCCAAACAAUCGGAAAGGGGAUUCAUCAGAGAAAAUGACUUUACCCCAGUCCUCAGCAGUCCAAUCCCUGUACCUUUUGCAGAAUAUCAGUCUGUCCCUGAUGUUUUUCCUGGAGAGAAGUGGCUUCCUUGCUGCCCUUCUUGACACCAGGCCAUCCUCCAAAAGUCUUCGCCUCCCUGUGCGUGCAGAUGCACUCACACCUGCCUGCUGCCAUUCCUGAGCAAGCUCUGCACUGGUGGUGCCCCGAUCCCGCAGCUGAAUCGACUUUAGGAGACGGUCCUGGCACCUGGCUGGACUUUCUUGGGCGCCCUGACACCUUCUUCACAACAAUCUAACCUCUCGCCUUGAAGUUCUUGAUGAUCCGAUAAAUGGUUGAUUUAGGUGCAAUCUUAUUAGCAGCAAUAUCCUUGCCUGUGAAGCCCUUUUUGUGCAAAGCAAUGAUGACGCCACGUGUUUCCUUGCAGGUAACCAUGGUUAACAGAGGAAGAACAAUGAUUUCAAGCACCACCCUCGUUUUAAAGCUUCCAAUCUCGUUAUUCUAACUCAAUCAGCAUGACAGAGUGAUCUCCAGCCUUGUCCUCGUCAACACUCUCACCUGUGUUAACGAGAGAAUCACUGGCAUGAUGCUUGCAACGCCAGGGUUGUGGGUUCGUUUCCCACGGGGGGCCAGUAUGAAAAUGUAUGCACUCACUAACAGUAAGUCGCUCUGGAUAACAGCGUCUGCUGUUAAUCUUCCUCGUGAAUAGGAAAUAUAGCAAAAUGCAUAGGAAAUGUAGUCAUUGACAAGGUUAGAAAUUAUGAUUUUUAAUAGAAAUAAUAAUUGUCCUUCAAACUUUGCUUUCGUCAAAGAAUCCUCCAUUUGCAGCAAUUGCAGCCUUGCAGACCUUUGGCAUUCUAGUUGUCAAUUUGUUGAGGUAAUCUGAAGAGAUUUCACCCCAUGCUUCCUGAAGCACCUCCCACAAAUUGGAUUGGCUUGAUGGGCAAUUCUUACGUACCAUUCGGUCAAGCUGCUCCCACAACAGCUCAAUAAGGUUGAGAUCCGGUGACUGCUGGCCACUCCAUUAUAGACAGAAUACCAGCUGACUGCUUCUUCCCUAAAUAGUUAUUGCAUAGUUUGGAGCUUUGCUUUGGGUCAUUGUCCUGUUGUAGGAGGAAAUUGGCUCCAAUCAAGCGCCGUCCACAGGGUAUGGCAUGGCUUUGCAAAAUGGAGUGAUAGCCUUCCUUCUUCAAGAUCCCUUUUACCAGUGUCUGUGUUCUUUUGGCCAGUCUGAGAUAUGGCUUUUUCUUUGCAACUCUGCCUAGAAGGUCAGCAUCCCAUUUGCGGGUACUAUUUGAAGCUGCCAGUUGAGGACCUGUGAGGCGUCUGUUUCUCAAACUAGACACUCUAAUGUAUUUGUCCUCUUGCUCAGUUGUGUACCGGGGCCUCCCACUCCUCUUUCUAUUCUGGUUAGAGCCAGUUUGUGCUGUUCUGUGAAGGGAGUAGUACACAGCGUUGUACGAGAUCUUCAGUUUCUUGGCAAUUUCUCGCAUGGAAUAGCAUUCAUUUCUCAGAACAAGAAUAGACUGAUGAGUUUCAGAAGAAAGUUAUUUGUUUCUGGCCAUUUUGAUCCUGUAAUCGAACCCACAAUUGCUGAUACUCAACUAGUCUCAAGAAGGCCAGUUGUAUUGCUUCUUUAAUCAGCACAACAGUUUUCAGCUGUGCUAACAUAAUUGCAAAAGGGUUUUCUAAUGAUCAAUUAGCCUUUUAAAAUUAUAAACUUGGAUUAGCAAACACAACGUGCCAUUGGAACACAGGACUGAUGGUUGCUGAUAAUGGGCCUCUGUACGCCUAUGUAGAUAUUCCAUUACAAAUCAGCCGUUUCCAGCUACAAUAGCCAUUUACAACAUUAACAAUGUCUACACUGUAUUUCUGAUCAAUUUGAUGUGAUUUUAAUGGACAAAAAUAUUGAUUUUCUUUCGAAAACAAGGACAUUUUCUAAAUGACCCCAAACUUUUGAACGGUAGUGUACGUACAGCUAACCCAAUGUGUCCCAUCUACAGAGUACGGGGAGAGACCACUGAAAUUGGUUCUGAAGGUUGCUGGAAAUGAGGUGACGACUGGGAGCUCGAGCUUUGAAAACACUUAUGACGAACAUCCAGAUGUAGAGAAACACAAGAAAAAGAAGAAGAAAAAGGAUAAGGAAAGGAAUGAUACCAUGUCACCAGUUGAUGACAAGAAAAAGAAAAAGGUGAGUUUGGGAAUCCAUAUUUUGAUUACAGCCCCUGUUUACCUUUGUACUGUUUUUGAGGGAAAUCUCUAGGGGAGAGUAGCUACCAUUUCAUUCCAUGGCAUGGGUGGUGCUAGCUGACUAAACUCCACUCAUGUGUAAGUGUCUGAUGAACUCCACCAACUGAGUGGAGCAGAUACCAGCCUUUGGGGAAUUCAGCUCUGACUACAUUGAAUCGCCCAAGAGCAAUACUUCAAAAACUUUGAGGUGUCUUUUGAUUUUCGGAAUUCAAAAAGGGGUUUAUUUGGCCCAUAGACUGUGAUGGGUAGGUGAUCUACUAUCACAAAUGAAAAUUUAAGUGUCAACGAACAUGUUUAUAUGGUGCAUUUAGAUGACAAAGAAGAAGAAGGGACAGGACGCUGAUACAGACUGGGAUGAUAGGGAGGCGAGCAGGACCCCUGUCCGUUCAGAUCUGGCAUCCUCCUUGAAUAAAGUGGAAGGUAAGUUACUUCCUCAGUUUCUACAAUGGCUGCCACUUUUCCGUAAUCCUUUCUUGGCCUUUAAUUUCUAUUAAUAUAUGGAAACAUUUUAACCAUUAUUUAUCUGUUUUUCUUACUCUCGUCUUCUCUUUACCCACCUCUCUCUUGCGUGCUUUCUCACUCUCAUUCUCAGAGAAAGAACUGACCCCACUGCAGGAAGCCUUGAGUCAGCUCAUCAGACAGCUCCAAAGGUGAAGCUUGUUACUAAGAAAUUGACAUUUAAUUGAUUAUCAGUCUGUUUCCUCUGGUCUAAAAAAAAUAUCCCAAUGAAAUAUCCCAAUGCCCCAGGGUAGUGGUUGGGGACAUUGCCCUGUGUAGGGUGCCGUCUUUCGGAUUGGAUGUUAAACGGGUGUCCUGACUCUCUGUGGUCACUAAAGAUCCCACGACACGUAUCGUAAGAGUAGGGGUGUUAACCCCGGUGUCCUGGCUAAAUUCCCAAUCUGGCCCUCAUACCAUCAUGGCCAUCUAAUCAUCCCUAGCUUCCAAUUGGCUCAUUCAUCCCCCUCCUCUCCCCUGUAACUAUUCCCCAGGUCAUUGCUGUAAAUGAGAAUGUGUUCAGUCAACUUAUCUGGUAAAAUAAAAUUGCAUUGAGGCCUAACAAAGCAACAACUGACUUUCUCUUGUAGGAAAGAUCCAAGUGCGUUUUUCUCGUUCCCUGUGACUGACCUCAUCGCUCCUGGCUACUCCACGAUCAUCAAGCGGCCCAUGGACUUCGGCGCGAUGAAGGAGAAAGUCAAGAAUGAGUAUUACCAGUCAUUGGAGGAGCUCAAGGUACACCUGUCAACUGCACUACCUUCUUGCCGAAUAACUCUUCCAGAAUAGCUUUCUUUAGUCAUCUGUCAUUCUAAAGCAGUGGAUUGAUUGACAAUCAAGCUUGAAGUGUUGAUUUAAAUAGAAAACCAAUGUUUAACAUAUGCAGAGUCCAGUGACUGACUGCCAUGUGUCUCCAUUGAUACAGGUGGACUUCAGGAUCAUGUGUGAGAAUGCCAUGAUCUACAACAAGCCAGAGACCAUUUACCACAAAGCUGCCAGGAAGCUGCUCCAUUCUGGCAUGAAGAUCCUCCGCCCGGUAAGGAGAGUGCGUCUACAGAAGGAAAUUUAACACAUACAUCUCACACAUACAUAUGGGAUCUUCCCUUGAAUGCGUUUUAGUCCUCGAUAAGGCUUCAUCUGUGUCUAGGAAACCGGCACUAAACUUGUGCCUGGAUGAAAUAAUCGCUUGUGGCCACAUGAACAGCAGAGGGCGCCAUACGACUUCUCAUACCCCUGAAUGUUUAGAAAUGCAUCUUCACCACAAUGCUUUUAUAUUUGUUUAAAUUAUUGGGGCCCAAGAAGAGUCUGUAAUAACAAGACCACUAGAUUGGAAUAACAAGGGAUUGUGGCGUAAAUUGUGUCAACUCUCUCUCUGUCCCACAGGAGAGGCUUGAGAGCCUGAGGCAGAGUAUUGAGUUCAUGGCUGACCUGGAGAACCCAGCCAACCAGUCAGGGAAGACGGGAGAGGUGGGCAACUCAAGCAUGGACCAGUGUAAAGACGGCCCCAGCCCCAUAGAUCCUAGUGAGACCGCCCAGUCUGCACCAAACACUCCCAGGUACAGUGAUAACUUUACCCUGCACAUGAACAGACAAUAUGCUUUUAGUUAUUAAUUGCUUGGAGAGUCAUCAUAUAUGGAUAUCGAUCUCAGACACAAUUUACAUAAACCAUAAACUACAGUGCCUUGCAAAAGUAUUCACCCCUCUUGGCGUUUUUUCCUAUUUUGUUGCAUUACAACCUGUAAUUUAAAUGGAUUUUUAUUUGGAUUUCAUGUAAUGGACAUACACAAAAUAGUCCAAAUUGGUGAAGUGAAAUGAAAAAAAAUUACUUGUUUCAAAAGAUUAUACAAAAUGAAUAACGGAAAAGUGGUGCGUGCAUAUGUAUUCACCCCCUUUGCUAUGAAGCCCCUACAUAAGAUCUGGUGCAAUCAAUUACCUUCAGAAGUCACAUUUAGUUAGAUUGCACACAGGUGGACUAUAUUUAAGUGUCACAUGAUCUCAGUAUAUAUACACCUGUUCUGAAAGGCCCCAGAGUCUGCAACACCACUAAGCAAGGGGCACCACCAAGAAAGCGGCACCAUGAAGACCAAGGAGCUCUCCAAACAGGUCAGGGACAAAGUGUUGGAGAAGUACAGAUCAGGCUUGGGUUAUUAAAAAAAUAUCAGAAACCUUGAACAUCCCACGGAGCACCAUUAAAUCAAAUAUUUAAAAAUUGAAAGAAUAUGGCACCACAACAAACCUGCCAAGAGGGGGCCGCCCACCAAAACUCACGGACCAGGCAAGGAGGGCAUUUAUCAGAGAGGCAACAAAGAGACCAAAGAUAACCCUGAAGGAGCUGCAAAGCUCCACAGCGGAGAUUGGAUUAUCUGUCCAUAGGACCACUUUAAGCCGUACACACAUUGAGCUUUUUGGCCAUCAAGGAAAAUGUCUGGCGCAAACCCAACACCUCUCAUCACCCCGGGAAUACCAUCCCCACUGUGAAGCAUGGUGGUGGCAGUAUCAUGCUGUGGGGAUGUUUUUCAUCGUCAGGGACUGGGAAACUGGUCAGCAUUGAAGGAAUGAUGGAUGGCGCUAAAUACAGGGAAAUUCUUGAGGGAAACCUGUUUCAGUCUUCCAGAGAUUUUAGACUGGGACGGUGGUUCACCUUCCAGCAGGACAAUGACCCUAAGCAUACUGCUAAAGCAACACUCAAGUGGUUUAAGGGGAAACAUUUAAAUGUCUUGGAAUGGCCUAGUCAAUGCCCAGACCUAAAUCCAAUUGAGAAUCUGUGGUAUGACUUAAAGAUUGCUGUACACCAGCGGAACCCAUCCAACUUGAAGGAGCUGAAGCAGUUUUGCCUUGAAGAAUGGGCAAAAAUCCCAGUGGCUAGAUGUGCCAAGCUUAUAGAGACAUACCCCAAGAGACUUGCAGCUGUAAUUAUUGCAAAAGGUGGCUCUACAAAGUAUUGACUUUGGGUGGGGGGUGGUGAAUAGUUAUGCACGCUCAAGUUCUGUUUUUUUGUCUUAUUUCUUGUUUGUUUCACAAUAACAAAUAUUUAGCAUUUUCAAAGUAGUAGACAUGUCGUGUAAAUCAACUCCCCAAAAAAUCAAUUUUAAUUCCAGGUUGUAAGGCAACAAAAUAGGAAAAAUGCCAAGAGGGGUGAAUACUUUCACAAGCCACUGUAAUAUAUAGAUUUCAGAUAGGGGGUAAGGUGCUCGUUCAUAGAUUAGACUGUGAGAAGCUGUUCUCGCCCAUUUACCCAACACAGAUCCCAACCAGGAAGCAAGGAAGUAGUAUUGCCCACUAAUGUUAAUAAGCCUUGGGUAGUGUCCAAGUGCUGUGGGCUUGUUCUCCUCCCAAGUGUUUGGUGGAUCAGUUCUUUCCACAGACUCUGGCUAGAGGCUGAGAGAGAAUUAAAGGAAUGACUGAGCGUGUCACGUCUUGUGUUCAGUCAGCACUAUGCAGCACGUUUCACACCAAUCAGUCUCUGAAACCUAGGAGUUGUUGUCCUAGUAAACCCCACUGAGGUGUAAUGGGUAGAAAAUGCUUUAGCAAAUAACAGACUACAGCAUGAGGACUUAUAAGAUUUGAUGUGAAGUUUGUUUGAAAGUAUAUUGGCAGCAUAUUCAUUGGGAACAUGUAGCUAUAGUAUUAAAUUGAUUCUCUCUAUUAGAUUUAGAUGUUAUGAUAGUGUUUCAAAACGUAUUGUAAUCACCAAUGAAUGCCAGCAAAAUAAAUUCCUAUUUGCUGGUGAUCCUUUUGGUAUUGGAACAAUGAAGCCCUAUGAAUCACUUUCCAAAGUCUCUUACUCGUCUAUACUUUGUCUGUGUUCUCCAAUACUUCCAGGAAAGACAAUGAUUCCAAAGACGAAGUGUCCAAGGUUGUCAGUCAGGCAGAGCAGGAGCUUGAAGAGAUCCGCAAGCUCAUCGAAGAUUCAGGAGGCAAACUGUCCAACAGAGGGCUGGAGAGUGAGGUGAGAGAGCUACGGGCUAUGGAAUUGGCUUAAUCAAUCUGUUUAGGCCAACCAAGCUCUCUUAACCCAUCUAUAAUAUAGGAAAUGUAUUGUCUAAUUUAGUGAACAUAUUCAUUAUGUCCACUAAUGUAAUAAUAUGACUAUUGUUUUAUUUCGUUAUGUAGCUGGACUUUGAGAGGAGGAAGUCUGAUGGCUCCACCACACUGGCAAUCCUGAACCCAGUUGACCUUGUUGCUGGAGGUAGGUCCAGUCAUAGUCACGGCCACAGUUAGCUAGUUGUGCUAUCUCCAUUUCUAUUUGUGCAACAUGGGAAAACGGGAAUCCAUGAUUGAUUCCAACUAUGUAAUUAACUCUGUCCUUCUGAUGAAGGCUGUUGGUGGGCCAAAAUGCCAUGUUUUUAACCUAACAAGUAUAAUAAAAUCAUCAGCUUUUAAUUGUAAAUGAGCCUCUAUUUCUCAAUCAACUCUUUAUCUCUACAGAUGUGGGCUACUGCCCUGUGAAGCUGGGCAUGAUGUCCAACCGGCUGCAGAGUGGCAUCAACACCCUGCAGGGCUUCAAGGAGGACAAGAGGAACAUGGUCACACCAGGUAAGCUGAAAGGGGCCUUAGUGACAGAGUUUAAUAAUAAAAAAGCAUCUCCCCCAAGAGUGGCUGAAUAUCCUCUUCUCACCUGAGGGACUGAACCCAGAGCUUGUAUAGAAGCACAUGUAUAAAUCCAAUGUUAAACCAACAUAAAUACCAGUCUUAAUCUAUCCAUUUAUAAAUCCAAUCAUGGGCAACAUUGGUUUUUCCCUAAGAUUUGAUAAGGUCAUGUAGCCAUGUCAGAUUGUGAUUCUAUAAAAAUCAGUUUUUCAUAGUCAUAUAAAAUGUAUCUCCAUCUGUGUUUACGAGCUGUAAUGUAACCCAAUCUCCGCUCUCGCAGUAUCGUACAUGAACUACGGUCCGUACACCUCCUACGCACCCGCCUACGACUCGAGCUUCGCCAACAUCGGGAAAGAGGACUCUGACCUGAUCUACUCCUUCUAUGGAGAGGAGGCCAGCCUCCAGGGAUCUGAGAGGUAUGCAUGUGUGGCUCCUCAUCCUCCCCCAACAUUACGCUGUAAUAUUAUGGGAGGACCUGACAUUUACAAUAACGAGGGCCUACUUUACUGUAAAUUAUUGCAAAACAAAGCUUUGAGUAUUCCAACAUGCGCAUAACAGUCCAGAUGUGCCUGUAUUUCAUUGGGUUUGUAUAUUAGAGUAGGCGUUUUAUGGUUCUGUUGGCGUGGAUGAGAUUCACUGUGGUGGAGGCUAAGAACACAUGGUAAACCUGAUACGACCCUACUGCUGCUUCUGAGAGGAGAGCAAAUGUGACUAGGAUACACAAACACACACUGAUGUAAUGUGUUUGUCAUUGUGUCUGCAGCCUCUCGGAGUUCCUGUCCAAAUCGGAGGAGCACAUGUACAAACUGGCAGACAACCUCCUGGAUGCGUUGACUAACGGGGAGCACUCCAAAACCCUGAGAGAGGUAGAACCACUAUGCAUUUAUCUGUAUGGGAAUUAUAUGGCUACAGUUAUUUUGGGGAAAAGAUUGGACACUAACUUAAUGUGUUCUUGCCCGUCAGACCCGUCCAGAUGAGCAAGGGCCAACAGAAACCUCUGAGACUAGAGACCAGGACAUGGAGGUAAGUCUCAGCUACACUAGGACACUAAACCUGGACAACCUCAGCAGAUAAAGGAGAGACACCACACCCUAGGUCUCAACGACACCCACCUGAGGUGAACCCCAGCUAACCCCCACACCCCACCAACAGUGUUGGAUAAUAUUAACAGCUUCUACACAUGCCGUAGCUGUUGUGUUCCAGCUGUGUCAACAACAUGGCAGGCUCGUUAGCUAGCUGCUAGAUCCAACACACGGAAAGAACAUUUCCCCUUCAAAACACUGCCUCUCUCCACCAGCCCCUGAGACCAGGGCUGUUCACGCACUCUCUGUGUCAGGGAUGUGGAAAUGUCUGUGUUUUCUUUCUGCGCUCCCUUCAUUGGGCGGCUGAAUGGCUCCUCAGUCACAGCAGUGUAGAGGGAGUAAAGAAAAGCAUCAGACCUGUUCAGCACACAGCAGCUCUCUGUACCCGGCUGUUUGCUGUGCUUGGCCAACGUCCAGUUUAUCCCUGCUUGGGUGUUGCUGCUGCUCUUUGUUUCAUUAGAUUUUAUUGGAAAGGGACUGGCAGAGGUAUUGACUCGAGCUACUAGAAAAUAUCUGGCCUAGCUGCUGCCUCCUUUCAGGAAUGCAAUUUCAAAGAUUCACUGACUGCAGCGCUGGGUGACUUGGAAUCCAAACAAAAAUGCUUUUACUAAUCUAACUUUUCUUUAACCCUUCUGUUUUUCCCUCAGGUGGUUGAACCAGAGGCCAGCAAGCAGGCUGAAAGCAGGCUAGCCUCCGUGAUCGGCCUGGGCUUGGACCUCCAGACUCCACCGGACCUCCUCUCUGAGGGUAAAGAUCACCUCUAACUGACCAAAGGGCAAACCCCAACAGCAUGCCAGUUCAUUCUCUAAAGCUACUGAGAGCCAAAGAGUUACAUUUUAAAUCCCCUAGGCUUGAACCCUUCCUGAAGGUAAUUGAGGUGUUUCUGACAGAUCCAGUGGUUGGUUACUACUACAGCCUUGCAGGUAGCCUCCCUGGGCUGUUGUAGGCCAUAUGCAGCCCCAGUUGAAUAUAGUCUAUGAAGAUAAGAGAGAAAAUAGAACCCAUUGUAGAUGACCCUGCACAGGUCAAUGUAAGCUUCCUUAGGAUAUUUAAGUAAUCAAGUGUGUAUAUGUCUUUAUGUGCAUCAGAGGCCCAAAUCUUCCAGCAGAAGUUGGAUGAGACUACAAAGCUCCUCCAUGAGCUGCAGGAAGCGCAGAGGGAACGCCUGAGUGUCAAGCAGCCCCCCAACAUCAUCUGCCUGCUAGCCCCAACAACCAAGGAGCUGCAGCUGGGUAACACUUCCUUUUCUUUUUAAAGGAGAACGGAAUUCCACUCUGUAUUUUAUUGGGGGGGGGUUCUCUGAUUGAGGGGUUGGGUUAAAUGCAGAAGACACAUUUUGGUUGAAGUCAUUGUUGUGCAACUGACCAGAUAUCCUCUUUCCCCCACAGCAACAGUCUUUAUUUGGAUUCAAGCUUUGGUUUGAACUCUAAAAAUAGUGCAACCAGAAACAGUUCUGACUAAACAUGAAUUUCUGUCAAAGCUAUUCCCUUUUCAAUUUUAAUUCCAGUGGAAGAAAUGCCUGGGCCCUCGAUUUCUCAGCUACACUACUACCAGUGAUCUUUAUUUGGACUCCACCUUUGGCUUGAAGUUGGGCUCUAAUAUAAUUUCUAAUUUGUCUCCCUGUAGCUGAGAAGGUGACUGGUAACCUAGCCCAACUGACCAGUCAGGUGGCUCCAGGAGAUGUGAGCAGUGUGUAUGGGAUCAGGAGGGCCAUGGGCAUCGCUAUACCCCUAGAGGCAGAUGAACCACUCAUAGACCUCACCACAGGUAGUCUUAAACCACCCAGAAUAUGUUUCCCUGGUUAACAUUUAGUUUAUGGGUAAUAAACAUUCUAACCAUAUACUGGUUUAUUUUGUGAAUGUGUUCAGUGAAGUGGUAGGCCUACCUGCAAAACUGACUUAUCUUUUAAUUGCCCCUGAGGGGGUAAAGUUUUAUUUAAUUGUGUUAGAAUGUAAUUAACUUUUUUACAUGUUGUGGAAUGUCAAAGCUAUUCCCUUAUGUCUGUCAUCUUGAUUCCAGUGGCUGUUGAGCCUAUGGAUACCUUGCCUGAAGUUCAGCAGAUUCCAGUCGUCGCAGUAUAACAGAAUUCACAGCAACCAUCCUCCUAAUAACAUCCCAUCUGUUGUAGUGUCCAAAAAGCUUUUUGUUUGCAUUUCAUUUAAUAAACCUUUUUUAUAUAUACAAAAAAAAAAUCUACCUUAUCCAAUCUGUUAUUCCGUGUCUUCGUAAAUCAAGUUGGGAUUCAGCUUUUAAAACACCGACUUGCAAAACAAUUUAUUACAUCGCAACUGUACAAAAUGCAAACUCACACAUUCCUCAGACAGCAUAACAUGAAAGCAACACGACAGACACAUUCGUUUGGCAGUCAGACGUUGAGGAAGGCCACAGAACAAGUCAGUUUUGAGGCACAGAGAAAAAUGUAUCUUAAAAGGUCUAAUGCUGACGUUAUCAAAUCAUUUCUGGGUAACAA